CAUGAUUCCGAAAAACUUUUUUAAUUAAAUUUUACAUUUAUAUAUGACUUUUGGCUACAAAAAUUCUAGUGAUGUCAGAAUUAAAAUAAUUAAAUUAAAUAAAUAUAAUAAAUAAUGGAUCACUAUUUAACAACUUAUAAGAAAGACUACUUAUGGCCUAAUUUACCUGGCGCUUCCACUGAGACCGGUGAAGCGGGUCUUGCGGAGGUCCCAAAACUCUCAGGCGAGGAGCUCGCCUUCUAUCAAGCAUGCAUGCAACACACCCGUCCACCAGAUUGUAGAUGCCCGCAGAAUACCGGAGCGGAAGUACAACUACCACCUGGUAAAGAAGGGGGAUGGAGUAGGAAUGAGAUAAUGGGACCAUUACUGGACCCAAAACUCUAUCCAGUUCGUGUUGGUGCUAGUCCAGAGACGCCUACCUCACGCUAUGAUCAGCCGAACGCUUUCUUAGAUAAGUUGCAGUCGAAAUACCCAAUGCUGUACAGCAUUCUGCAGAACGAAGCAUCGCCAGAGUUAAAACAACGUAUUGACCGAGAUCGCAACAAAACUACGUAUCAAGUUGAUUACUGCGAAGCAGGUCCAGGUGCAAAAUUCGAAGGUCUCCAAAGGGCAGCCGAUGAAAGCGGUACAGGACCAUGUGCACAACCUAUGAGAUUACCAGGAGAUCCGUGCAGAGUAGGACCUAAGCCAAGAAGAUCUACUCCUAAAACUAUUUCUAAGCAAGCUGGAGGCGGCGCUGCAAGUGAUCCAAGAGCCAAAUGCGAAACAACAUCAGCGGUGCCACCUCUGGGGAAAACCGAAUAUCAAGAUGGUGUCUCAAAACUUGGAGGUAUUAUCAUGCGCGACAAAUUGCACAGAAGAUAAAUUAUGUAAUAAAACGGAAAUAAAGUAAUGAA